UAGGUACCUAACACAUUAGAUGAUAAUUAGUAAUUUUCUUGAAAAGCAACAUCUUGAGUCAAAUUUAAAUAAUUGUUAGAUUGAACUGAAACAAAUUGUGAUAAGAAAUAAUGUUGUGGCAAUUCUGCUUGUUCUCCCUCGCGGUGAUUCUUUUAGUUACAAAAUGGAAGAACAGAAAAUUAAGAAAACUAGCGAACCAACUGCCGAGCGCUAGUUUUAGGAAAUUGCCGAUUUUGGGCCACGCUGCUAGCCUGUGGGGUGAUUGUGAAAAUCUAAUGAGAUGCCUCGAGCAACUGGGUCGCGACAGCCUGGCUAAUGAUGGCCUGAUCAGCGCGUGGAUGAUCAAUAAGCUGGUCAUUGUGGUGACAGAUCCUGAUGUGGCAGAGGUGGUGAUGAAGGUGUGCCUCAAGAAGGAUGACCUUAAUAACGUGACCAGGGAGCUCAUUGGGUAUGGCAGUAUAUUUGCACCUGUAUCGAUUUGGCGUCCGCGACGUAAGAUCCUGGCUCCAAUAUUUUCUCCGAAGACACUCAACAGUUUUGUCCAAAUAUUCUCCAAGCAGAGCCAUAUCUUACUGGAGAAGCUAGAAGCAGACGAGAACAAUGGUGACGUCUCUAUAUUUGAUAAAGUCACUAGAUACUCUAUGGAUUCAGUUUGUGAAACAACCCUGGGUACGGAGGUGAAAUCUCAAAGCCAGCCGCAGCACCCGGUGCCUCAGUCCUUCGCCCUGCAUUGCAAGCUGGCUGCUCUUCGGAUGGUGAGACCCUGGUACCACUCUGACGCCAUCUACAAAUGGUCCUGGGACUACCCGCAGUUCAAGAGCUCGGCCGAAGUUUUGAAGCAGUUUGUAAGGAAGAUUAUAAUAUCAAAACGAGAAAAUUUUGAGAAAACUAAUGCAAACAAGAAAAUAACCAAAGUACAAAGUCUACUGGAUCUGCUCAUCUCUUCGGAAGACGGCAAAGGUUUCACAGACCUGGAGCUGCAAGAAGAGUCAUUAGUCGUGGUACUGGCUGGCACGGACACUUCUUCUGUGGGAGCUUCUUUCGCUGCACUGCUGAUGGCCAAACACCCCGAGGUUCAGCAGAAAGUCUAUCAAGAAGUAAUCACAGUACUGGAAGAUCGACCAGUUCAACCAGAAGACUUGCCCAAGCUGAAGUAUUUAGAGGCAGUAGUAAAGGAGACCCUUCGGUUGUACCCUCCAGUGCCAGUUGUCAUGAAGAACCCACCCAAAGACGUCACACUUACUCCUGGCGUCGUCCUUGUACCUGGCUCAACAGCUCUGGUCCACAUCUGGGCUCUCCACCGCAACACCAAGUACUGGAGUGGCGACGCAGACACCUUCAGACCUGAACGAUUCCUCGAAGACCCUCCAACUCAUCCGUAUGUUUACAUCCCUUUUGGAAGAGGCCCUAGGAUGUGUCUUGGAGCUGAAUACGCCAUGAUGUCAAUGAAGACCGUCCUAGCGUCUCUGGUGCGGCGGUACCGGCUUCUUCCACCCACUGCCGGGUUCGGAUCUCAAGAGGAGCUGCCGACCCGCUGCGAGAUCAUGAUGAAACACGUCGGCAACUUCCAAUUGCAGCUCCAACUUAGAAAAUGAUGACAUCAUUAGACUCGUGUGGUUCCCGGCACUAUUACAAAAAGAAUAGAACCACUCCAUCUCUUUCCCAUGGAUGUCGUAAAAGGCGACUAAGGGAUAGGCUUAUAAACUUGGGAUUCCUCUUUGAGGCGAUGGGCUAGCAACCUGUCACUAUUUGAAUCUCAAUUCUAUCAUUAAGCCAAAUAGCUGAACUUGGCCAUUCAGUCUUUUCAAGACUGUUGGCUCUGUCUACCCCGCAAGGGAUAUAGACGUGACCAUAUGUAUGUAUGUAUGUAUGAUUAGAGUUCUUGUUUUAAUUUAUUCUUAAUUUAUCAGAAUCUUAAAAGUCAUGGUCGAGUUCUUGAUAUAGUAUAAACUCUUUUUCUGAAUUUCCAUUUUAUUCUACCUAACGAUUGGUGUAGUGCAAAGGACACUCUAAGGAUUUUUUUAAAAGGUAUCUAAAUAAAAAUAUUGCAGAAUUC